GAGGGAAGCCGGCAGCCAACGAACCGCAGAGAGGCUCGUUGCUGUGGCGAGUGAGGAAUCAUGAUCCUUGCGGGCCACCGUCCCGGAAGUGGACUGUAGAGGAAGAACGUACCGGGAUUGCUGGGGAGGAAUAUUUCUCGAGAUUCUAGAUGAGGAUUCGCGGAACUUCUGUGGCGUGUGUUGAUAGGACGAACUCCAGAGAUCUUAGUCACUUUACCCGAGGAGCGAGCGUCUCUGCAGAGCCCGACCUGUUUGUGGUUGGGCCGAAGGUGGCUCAGGUUGAGUGAGCCCCUGGUCUUCUGGUAGAAGUCCAUCUGAGAAAGCCAGUCCUUUUUCCUUGGAGACCUCAGGGAUGAGCUGAUGCUUUAGUGGCUUAUCAUGGCCCAGCGGGCAGUGUGGCUCAUAAGCCACGAGCCGGGAACUCCAUUGUGUGGCACCGUUAGAUUCUCCAGACGGUAUCCAACUGUUGAAAAACGAGCUAAAGUCUUCAAUGGAGCAAGUUAUGUGCCUAUUCCUGAAGAUGGGCCCUUUCUUAAAGCACUACUCUUUGAACUUAGAUUAUUAGAUGAUGAUAAGGACUUCAUAGAGAGUCGUGAUAGCUGUUCACACAUCAAUAAAACUUCCGUCUAUGGACUCCUCAUUGGAGGUAGAGAACUCUGGCCAGUUGUUGCUUUUCUGAAGAAUAGCAUGAUAUAUGCUUGUGUUCCACUAGUUGAACAAACUUUAUCCCCUCAUCCACCAUUAAUUAGCAUUAGUGGAAUUUCACAAGGCUUUGAACUUCUUUUUGGGAUACAGGACUUUCUUUCCUUGAGUCAAAAAAAUGACACUGAGCUAAAUACAAAAUUGAACCAGUUGCCUGAUUUGCUUCUACAAGCUUGUCCAUUUGGAACUUUGUUGGACGCCAACUUACAGAAUUCAUUGGAUAGUAUUAAUUUUGCUUCUGUGAUGCAUUCACAAAAACAGCCAGCCUGGAAAGUUGGAGCAUACAAAGGAAAGCCACAAGUUUCUAUUUCUAUCACUGAAAAGGUAAAAUCCAUGCAAUAUGAUAAACAAGAUAUAGCAGAUACGUGGCAGGUCGUUGGAACUGUCACUUGCAAGUGUGAUUUAGAAGGGAUCAUGCCAAAUGUUACCAUCAGCUUGAGUCUCCCCACCAAUGGAUCUCCACUUCAGGAUAUUCUCGUUCAUCCUUGCGUGACUUCUCUUGACUCUGCCAUCCUGACUUCUAGUAGCAUUGAUGCGAUGGAUGAUUCUGCAUUUAGCGGACCUUACAAAUUUCCACUCACACCUCCAUUAGAGUCAUUUAACUUAUGCUACUACACUUCCCAGGUCCCUGUGCCACCGAUUUUGGGUUUUUAUCAAAUGAAAGAGGAAGAUGUACAAGUAAAAAUAACAGUUAAUUUAAAACUUCAUGAAAGUGUGAAAAAUAACUUUGAAUUCUGUGAAGCUCAUAUACCUUUUUAUAAUAGGGGUCCAAUCACACAUGUGGAAUACAAAGUUAGUUUUGGCCAGCUUGAAGUAUUUCGAGAGAAAAGCUCAUUGAUCUGGGUUAUUGGACAGAAGUUCCCCAAAUCAAUGGAAAUUAGUCUUUCUGGAACUAUAACUUUUGGAGCCAAGAGUCAUGAGAAGCAGCCAUUCGAUGAGAUUUGCAUAGGAGGUACAGCAUAUUUAAAGCUUCAUUUUAGGAUCUUAGAUUAUACGCUCACUGGUUGUUAUGCGGAUCAGCAUUCAGUGCAAGUUUUUGCAUCAGGAAAACCAAAAAUAAGUACACACCGGAAACUAGUAUCUUCUGACUAUUACAUCUGGAAUUCUAAAGCUCCUGCUCCAGUAACAUAUGGAUCAUUACUACUGUAAUUAUCUCAGGUUUAAAUAGGAUUUAUAUGAUGGUAACAUAGCUUAAAUCAUUCAUCUUUUAUUUUUAAUGUGUAUGCAUAUAACCUAUGAACGAAAAAAAAAUCAUUGAGUGAUUUAAUUAUAAAAUGCUCUUGUUUAAUGUUUUUAGACAUAGUUUGAAAGAACAUUUUAAAAGCUAAUAUCUCCUCUAUUUUGUUACCCUUUGAUUUUACUCAAAUGAGAUUCAGAGCAUAAAACAGUUGUGAUUCACUUUAGGCUUAUUUUAGACUGUUCCUGUGUCACCUUACCAUACAUGUUCUUUUUUGUCCCUGUGGCGGACAUGACCAAUCAGUUGUAGCCUUCUUCCUCCACUGAGCUUUCCUGGAUGUGGGCUGAGGCUCCUCAUUGCAGAGGUGCAGGCAGCCACUCCUAAGGGAUUGCAGAUGAUGUGCAAGAUAAAAAAACUCUUUGCCCUUUCAAACCUGAGUAGUCAGCUGCUAUUUCAAUGUGUUGUUAUGAAAUACCAGAUACCACAUCAGAACCACUGUAAAUCUUUUGCAGGGGGGAGAAACAAUCAAUGAAAACAAAGGAAUAUUGUUUAAAUAGUAACCUGUUCUUAAUCAGAACUAUUGUAUUGACUAAUAAAGGAUCUGGAUAAUUCUAUAUGAGGUGUUUAUCUCCGUUCUAGAGUUACUUUACUUUUUAGGUAAACUUCUUCAUCUGCCACAGAACCUUUUGCUCAGUAUGUCAGUAAACAUACCAAGAGGAGUGAGUGGGGCAACUUCAGAAAAUGAGCUUAGUGUCUUGUGAUCACUUAAUGCCUGCAGUCAAAUUUUUAAAAAAAUAAGUUUGGGAAUAUUAACUGUUUUUCAUGUUUUGUAUGAAAGUUCUUAAUGAAUUCAGGUAAAAAUCCAAAAGCUGUUCUGUGAGUAGAGAGUAUUAUGUAAUCUUAUUUCAGUCUCAUGUAGCAUAUUUUGUCACUCCUGCUUUCUCGUUAGCAUUCUCUUGAUUUCUUUAGGAACCACCCCUACUCUUAAUUUUCUACCUGUCUUUACAAUUAUAUGUCUCAUUCUAUUUUCACAGCAGUUCAUUGUCAAGUUGGACUUUAAGUGAUCAUUCAAGAAAAGAUGAAAUCUCAAGAUCCUUAAAACUUAAUCCAUGUCAGGUUUCUUUUUACAGAACAGAAUUAGAAGCAUUAUAAAAAAUAUGCAUUACAGAUUCAUUUAAUUAAAUGAUCUCUUGGUUUCUAUUUCUUAAUGAGCCUCCUAAGGAAAAGCUUAAAGAAAGCUUCUAACUCCUUGAAAGAGAGCUAUGAUAGUUUGAAGGGUUAUUGCAUAUAAAUUUAGGAUUUAAAAUAUGAUUUUUUAAUUGGGGUCAAUCUCACUCAUUAUAAAUUCUCAUUUUCUCAAGGCAUUAUCAUGGUAGAAUGCUCUGUGUUCAAAAUUAUUCCAAGUAACAAAGAAAAUAGAAUAACUGCCUGACCAGGACUUUAACUUAUUAUUCUAGCUUAAUCAUAGAUAAUCAGUAGUAAAAACUUUUCUUUUGAAAGAAGGAAAAAGCCACUUCCCUUAAGUUAUUUGAUCUCUCUUAAACUCAAGGAAAGCAUAACGUUUAACUUAUGUUAAUAUUAACGGAGCCAUUUGGACAUCUUGAUUAUUGUAUAAAUGUUGAGUAGCGUACAUAAGAUGGGCAAGAGGCAUUUAUCUAGUAAGUACAUAGAUAUUCAAUAUUAUAAUCCCCCAGGGAAAACUUUCCUUAUAAGCAGUCAGAAAAACCAGUGAAUCUUUGAUUUGACAGUUUCUAGAAGCCUGAGGAAAAUCUAGGGAGUCCUGGAAAAGUAUAGGGCGAAGGGGAACCUGAUGCCAUCUGUUGCCAUUCCAUUCUAACAUAAUGCUACAGAACUAAAACCAACUCAUGUUUUCAUCCUGUUGAGAUCAGCUGGGCACACUGUGAUGCUUUUGAUUUUGUCUAGAAACCUGUCACUUCAGGAUAAUUUUUGAAGACAAAGUCUGUUUCCCGUUUGGUAGGUGACCUGUUUAAUGUUUUCCCUGUGUCUGGGAACUCCUUAGUGUAAUUAGCGACCUUUGAACUCCACAACUAAUCCUGAGCUAUUUUGUAUUCCUUACUCAUCUUUAAGGCUGGACCUUUCUUUUCUUCAGAGUCCGCUGCCACAAUUAAAGAAGAAACAGCUGCAUUUCAAAGGGAUUCCGAUUCCAGAAGCUUAAUCGUGAUUGACAUGUUCUUAUUCUAAGCUAUAAGACACUCUAAGAGUCCUUUCUUGGGUUAAAACUUCAAUCAUUUUCUAAAAAAUUAUCUCACUAUGGAUUUUAUUCAUUUCUUUGAUAACUAUUCUUUGCAUUUUUAAACUUGAAAGAUGCUUUGCGUUUGUGGUGAAUAUGAGCAUCUACUUCUAGUUAAAGAUUUGGAUGGUGUCAGACAUACUCUAGAUGCAGAAUUGCUAAAUUCCCUUUCAGUGCCAAAAUAUGAUUAUGAAAUCUGAUGUCUAUCGUAAGGGUAAUUAUUCUUCCAUAGACCCCAAAGGUACAAAAAGUGUUAAAUUUCUGAAAAUGCACUCAAAAAACUAGUUCAUGGUUUUCAUAAAACCCCCUUCUUCAUUUUUUACUAAGCAAUGUUUUUAAAACUUUGUAAAGCCAGCAAUAUUCUUAGAGUGUAAGGUAAUACCUUUACACUGGUGGGCACUUUUACUUUCCCUUUUUAGAUAACCAAUUUGAAUGUCAGGUUUGAAGUAAAUGGCCUUGUCAGGAAUUCUUAAGAGAAUUAUUUGUAUAAAAAGGCUUUUUUGAUUAAACAGUCUGUCUCCUAAACUAAUUUUUUCACACAAACUCAGUAUUUCUCAGUUAAAAUUAUUGUGGUUUCUUUAUAUUGUGUGACUGAAGAUCUUUCCAAGCACAAUUCUAUGUACAGUAACAACUAAUAUUUUCUUUCAUUUUGUAUUAUAGUAUUUCAAACUGCUUUAUAGAUACUCAUAUACCCCUACUCUCUCCCCGAGAGGCAGGUAGGUCGAGUUAUCGUCGUCCAGAGCCUCUGCGGGGACUGCUGCUACAGCAGAACGGUUGUUUCUAAGACAAAGGUCAGAAAAGGGAUGUUAAUAAACAGCCCUCAGGUUUAAGGGACUUUUUUAGGAUUACAUCUUAAAUUCCAACAAAUCAGAUUUAGGAGUUACUGAAAGUGAAAUUGAUCCAUCCCUCAUCCAAACUUUGCAAUACUUUCCUGUUCUGACAUCAUUUAGAUAGUUAGCUGUAUUAUCAGAUUAGAAACCAUUGUGCCCAGCUGCUGAAAGGAAGAGGAGGCAAAAAGCUAAACAUGGGAUGAAUUCUGAACCUUUUAACCUGGCUGAAGUACGUUGGUCCCUGUUAUGCAAAUACCUUCAAUCCUCUGCUAAGUUCAGUGGAAAUAAUUUUCUUGAAUGACAGGUUUAUUCAGCAAGGAUUCAGUUGGUGAUUAAUCCCCCUUUGAUCUAGGGUAUUUCACUUAACUACCAGUUACCUCGUUCUGACAAAGUGCAACUGAGAUUAGGGAGAUCACUAGAACACUACCAGGGUGUGCGUUUAUUCUCUCUAACCUUUUAAAGGAAGGGCCAAGAAUGCAAUUUAUUUUCAGUAUUUGAAGAUGUAAAGUCCUGUCUGCUAAGUUAGAAAGUCAAUUGAAUACCAAAUGAAGUUUAUUUCUUACGUAAUAGAACAAACAUUUCUUUUUGCUUUGACUAACAAUGAUUUUAGGAAACAUAGGCUUUGAAGAAAGAAGAAACAAAGAGUAUAUUCUAAGUAUAUCUUCUAGUUUUGUUUCAUGUACUAGAGUGUAUACAUACUGGCCCGGAGAUAAACCCCAAAUCAAAGCAACGGCUACAACUUGGGCUGAGAAAAUGCUUCUAUUUUUAUUAAACUGCAUGGUUUCUCCCCGCCCUCCCCCCAUUAAAAAAUGUCAUGCUAUGUGGUAAAGAAAUCCAAUGGGGAAAUGUGUAAUACACAAUUAUUCAUCUUAAGAUUUAGGAUUUCAAAGCUUUAUUUGUUAACUUUGUUCUUUCUUGAGGAAAAAGGGCUUGUUACAUUGCUAUGAUAAGGUAAUCACGCUCUUUUUCAGAAUGUUUUUUUCCAUAAAGAAAGGUAAAAUGAUGCCUUUACAAAAAUAAUUCAGAUUAUUUUUAAGCUAUCAAAAUAACUGUUUUCCACUGUAUUGCUCACUACUUUUUCUGCCUUCUUAUUUAAUUGGGUACCUCUUCUUCCAUAACCUUAACUUUAAAAUAAUUAUGUAAUUUUGCACAAUAUUUUAAGAAUAAAAUCUUAAGAUGUGUUUUAUGUUAGGUUUCUCAAAGAGUUCACUUUUAGAAACUAUUAUCAACAUCAAUGUCAGUAUUUAUCUUCCAAGAUAUUAAAUUUGGAGAUUUAUUUUCAAGAAUAUUUCAAAUAUGUUUCAAGACUGACUCUUAAAAAAAGAAACAAUGGUGUGUAACAAAAGUGUUUUUGAAUAUUAAAUUAUUAUUGGUUAACUUUAUUAUUACUGACAUGGCACUUUUUAAAUGCUUUAUAAUUGUUCAUUAUUCUAGUAGCAGUUCGCAGUGUAAGUUACAUAUACACAAUAACUUUCUUACAUUUUUUGACCCAAACAUUUUGUGAUCCAAUUUCUAAACUGCAACAAUGUCUUAUGCAUAUCUAAUUCAUGCUGGUGCCAAACCAGUCUCUCUGGUUUCAAUUUAGUAACCAGUCUGUUUCUAAAUAUCUUUUGAGAGCAAGUUACUUAACCAGAGGAAAAUUGAAAGGCAGAAAAAGACUUAACAUGUAAGGUCAAGAUACCCUGGCUAUAUUGCUAAGAAACUAGUAUUCUUAAUAAUUACUCUCUGCAGUCAAUAUUUAGUUAAUAAAAUGUCAUAUAUUUUGAAGUAUGCUGUCAGAGAAAGAAUCUACAUAAAACGUGUACACAUAUGUAUUUGUGUAAUGUAAAUGUUAGUGUAUAUAUAGUAUAGGGAUAUACAUAUACUAACAUAUGACUUGGUGGGUUUCCCUAUGUAUCAUGUCAAAGGAAGACUAUGUGAAGUCAAGUAUCUGCUCUCCAAACAUAUUUAUUAAUAGUAAUGGAGAGGUUCAUUAAAAUGAAAAUUGCCAUAGAACUCAUGCAAUUACUCCAAAAGAUGGUUACAUCCCUUAGGAACUGAAACCUUUUCUCUUAGGCACUGAAGCCUUUUCAACUAGCUUCUAAUUUUUUUCUUCAACUGUUUUAUGGAGAUACUAAUAUUGUCUAUGUGUAGCCUGGAGAAGUCAAUGCCUUAUCUGUAUUAUGAGUUUACUCUGAGAUCCAGAUUGACUUCUCUAGGCCCUGACUAAUCUGUGUAAUUGUUGGCAGUGUGGUGCUAAUGUAUGAUGCACAGCAUUUACGGAUUGUCAGGUACCCUGGGAUGGAAACCACCUGCUGAAUUGUUUUUUCCAGUAAGAUGUGUGGAAAUUUAUUAUGUCUUAAUAAUCCGUUAAAUGUUUGAGGUCAAACUGUAUGUUUCCUUUAAAUGUCUUCUUUUUAAAUCAUAGUUUCUGUAAAAACAAUAUUCUUUAGUUAAUAUGCUAAUAAUAGAAAUGAAAAAUAAAAAAAUUAUUAUCCCUCUUAAAAUUUUUACUUUUUCUUUCAAAGGACUUGAGUGCCCUCUGCAGGCUAUAAAGAGAUAAUUAAUGACUAUAUUUAAACCCUGUGACUUCCCUUUUAGAAGCAUAGCCUGGAUUAAGUGUGAUCCAUUUUAUUCAUAUUGUUAACUCUGUUCAUUUGUCACUGAUUGAAGCCAGAGUUUUUCUUUGCCAGUAAUGUGAAGAAUAUUACCACUGAAUUUUCCAAAUUACUUAGCUGGGGCUCUUUAAAUGUUGGAACUCUACACAUUGGAACUAAUGAUACACAUUCCCUCAAAAAAAGGAGAUCAGGAAAACAUUUAGCGAUUUCCAAAUCUAUUGGAGAUGUGAAGAAUAACUUGAUUAGUUCCCAUUACAUUUUUAGAAUAUUAUACAUUUGGUAUAAGGCCUUUUUCAAUAUGCACCAUGUAAAAUUUUAAAAUAACAUAUGCGUUCUAUGUAUUGAUCUUAUUGAUGAGCAAUGAGUGUGUUCAAGUCAAAAACCGAGGCUACUUAGAAUUUCUUUAAAGAAAGGAUUGAAUAGAUGAUGCUUCGUUGUAUUAUUGUGCAACUAGAAGGAGCAUUUCUAUUGGAAGGGCAAACAGCAAAGGUUUCAUCGAGUCCCUUAUUUCAGUGUACCCAUACUUUCUCAACAGGUAUGACAGUUCUGUUCCUAAGGAUAUAGAAGUUCCUUUUGUACAGGCAAGUUCCAGUGGCUUUCUGAUUCACUUAAUGCUGCCAGGGAAACUAAAUAUGAUGAGAACAAGAGGAAUGACUAGAUCAAAUUAAUAGAAAUAGAUCUUUUUGCAAGCAACAUAAUGCUCCUGAUCAUCAACCUUGAAAAGUAAAUUAGAACAAGCAAAUUACUGUUGAAAAAUUCUUUCAGCGCUCUGCUGUUGCUACUCAGCUAGUCAUGGCUUAGCCAGAGGCAAGGGAAAAAUGCCGCUGUUUUGUAUUAACAAAGGAAACAUUAUUAAAGUGAAUGUUUACAUUGUGUUUA